AUGGCUCCUUUCAACUUUACUUUAGCCACCCCCACCACCUCUUCUUCACCGUUCUUUUCACAAACAACCACCAAACAACGACGGUUGAAGACACAUGGGAAGCAAACCCAUCGCUUCCAAGUCUCAUGCAACGUCUCAUCAAACGACCAUGAAAAACCACCCCCCACAAACCCACAACCACAAAAACUUAUACUACCACAAACAUCACUCAACUUGCAGAACGUCGACAGAAGGAAUUUGCUCCUGAGUCUCGGCGGAGUCUACAGCGCCGCCACCUUGUCCGGUCUGCCACCGGCCUUUGCAGAACCUAUCAAGGCUCCGUUCAAUCAGCCUGAUCGACCAUGCAAAGAUGCCGUAUCCGGCUUCGACAUUAAUAAAAAGCUACUUAGACCUAUUGACUGUUGCCCUCUGUCCAAAAAUGUGGAGGAGUCUGAUUUCAAGUUCCCUGAUAAAUCAAGCAAAACUCGCAUCAGAUAUCCACUACACAAUCUUCCACUCGGGUAUCUCGAUAAAUAUAUGGAUGCGAUUCAGAAAAUGAAGGAUCUCCCAGAUAGCGACCCACGCAGUUUCAAAAACCAAGCUAAAGUUCAUUGCGCUUACUGCAAUGGCAGUUACACUCAAAAUGAUAAAGAACUCCAGAUUCACAACUCCUGGCUCUUCUUUCCCUUCCAUCGGUGGUACCUUUAUUUCUACGAGAGGAUACUUGGAGAUCUCAUUCAUGAUUCGACAUUCGGGUUACCCUACUGGAACUGGGACAACCCCGAAGGAAUGACAAUCCCACACUUCUUCGUAGAGAAACAAUGUAACAACUAUAACGUCAAAAACGGAGAAAACCCUCUCUAUGAUGAGUAUCGGGACGCCAGUCACCUCCGGUAUGAAUUGAUCGAUCUUGACUACUCAGGGAAAAACCGCGACCUUUGUUACGAUCAGAAGGAAAUCAACCUCGCUACUAUGAAUAGGCAGAUGAUGCGCAACGCCUUUGAUGCAACAAGCUUCUUCGGUGGCAAAUAUGUAGCUGGUGAUGAGCCCAUUCCCCGAGGAGAUAAUGUAGUUGGAUCCGUAGAGGCUGGUUGUCAUACCGCUGUUCACAGAUGGGUUGGUAACCCUACAAAUGAGAAUAAAGAGGACAUGGGCAACUUCUACUCUGCGGGGUAUGAUCCUUUGUUCUACGUCCACCAUUCUAAUGUGGACCGAAUGUGGACUCUUUGGAAGCAAAUGGGAGGCAAAGAACCGACAGAUACUGACUGGGAAAACGCGUCAUACGUGUUUUACGAUGAGAAACAAAAUCCCGUACGUGUCAACAACAAACAAUCGGUGGAUUUGAGCAACUUGAAAUACGAAUACAAAAGCUCAGCCACUCCAUGGAUGGAUAGACCACCAAGAUCACGCUGCAACAGACCCGGUUACACGAAGAGGAACAACACAAAGGACUUCCCAUAUCAGAAGGACCCGCCAGAAAAGUUGACAUUAACCAACACUGUGAGGCUUCGAGUAAAGAGGCCUCCUGCUUCUAAAAACAGGAGCGCUGCGCAAAAGAAAAGUGAGAAAGAGAUCUUGUACUUCAUUGGAAUCAGUUUCGAUUGUACCGAAGCUGCAAAAUUUGACGUGUUUGUGAAUGAUUGUGACGAAGAACAGAUCACCCCGUGUGAUAGUGAGAAUGUGGGUUCUUUCGCGGCUGUUCCACAUGCUAAAGGCAUGGCAAUGGGUUGCAAGUCUGGGAUGAGGUUUUCGUUAACAGAAUUGUUGGAAGAAACAAAAGCUGAGGGGGAUGAGUCUAUUCGGGUGACAAUUGUGCCGAGGACACCCGGCAAUAAGGUCACCAUUGAUGCUAUCGAGAUCCGGUUGAUUCCAGUUCUUUAA